AGCGGCCCCCUCCAUGUUGGCUGAGCUGGCCGGAAGAGGCUCUGCGCGGACUGAGAAUGCGUGGGGGCUAUGCCGCAGCUCCCUGCGCGGGUGUUGUUGCUGUAGCUUUCCCGGUCGCUCUGCGGUGCAGCCCAGCAGCCACAAAGUCCCCACCGCGGUCUCUUGGUCCUCCCUCCGCCCGGCCACAGUCCAAUCCCUGCGCAGCGGCGCGCACAACUCGCGGCCCUGUGUACGCGCUCUGCACUUGCCUGUCCGAGAACAUGUUGCAGAAACCCGGGAGCGGGGGUCUCCCGGUCCCUGAGGCCGAGGCGGAGAAGGAUGGUGGCCAUGACGAUGAGACCGAGGCCCUGACCGCCUCGCAGGAGGAGGCCCGGAGCCGCCUCCUGCUGGAGAGCCCCAGGGAAGACCUUGGCGCGGUGAGGGAGGCGGCGGCUGCGGAGCCCGCCCUCACCCCGAAAGGCGCUAGGGCUUCGGCAUCCAAAGCCUUGGCACGGCGCAGGGUCUACCGCCUUCUGGACCGGAGGGUAGCCGAGUUAGUGCAAUUCCUGCUGGUGAAGGACAAGAAGAAAAGUCCCAUCACACUUUCGGAGAGGGUGAAAUACGUUAUCCGAGACUUGAAGGAUCUGUUCCCCGAGAUCAUCGCAAGGGCCGCAGAGCAUCUGCGGUAUGUCUUUGUGUUCGAGCAACAGCUUGACCGCAAGCAUCACACUUACAUCCUGAUCAACAAAGUAAAACCUCUUGACGAGGAGAAGGAGGUUCUGGGAGGAGAUGGCCCCAGAUUGGGUCUCUUAAUGAUGAUCUUGAGCCUUAUCUACAUGAAAGGUAAUAGCACCAGGGAGGCCCAAGUCUGGGAGAUGCUGCGUCGGUUGGGGGUGCGUCCUUCAAAGUAUCACUUACUCUUUGGGUACCCGAAGAGCCUUAUUAUGGAAGAUUUUGUGCAGCAGCGAUACCUCAAUUACAGUCGGGUACCUCAAACCAAUCCACCAGAAUAUGAAUUCUCUUGGGGUCCCCGAAGCAACCUGGAAAUCAGCAAGAUGAAAGUCCUGGGGUUCGUAGCCAAGCUCCAUAAGAAAGAACCCCACUACUGGCGAGUGCAGUAUCGUGAGGCCCUGGCAGAUGAGGCUGAUAGGGCCAGAGCCAAAGCAAGAGCUGAGGCCAGUAUGAGGGUUAGGGCCAGGGCCAGGGCUGUCAUGCGACUGUGGUGAGUGCUGGUUGCAAAGUGGCCAGCUGGAUCCCCAUGGAUGGGGAAGCUAUUGUCAUGAGUAGUAGGUAGGGUGGGAUAGGGGAGGUCGUUAUUUCUGUGUUGUAUUUGUGUAACUUUAGGAUUUAGGUUUUGUAUCUUGGUAUGUUUUAUUACAUGUAAUAUACUGUUAAAUUGCUGUUUAUAAAUGAAAUUGGUCUACUUUUUCCUGUAGGGUUUUUGUUGUAGUUUUGCAGUUUUGUAAAAUGUAUUGAAAAGCUUUCCAUUUUAUUCUGUGAUCUGGAUCAGAUUAUGUAGCUUUGUAUGCUGUUCCUUAAUAGUUUGAAAGAAUGCAGCAGUAUUAUAAUCUGAUACCAGGAAAAAAACACCUGGUUGAUGUCUAGCCUCCCAACACUUUUGUCCAUUGUAUUAAAAAAAAAAAAAAGAUUCAGAUGUACCUCUAUUUACUUAACUGUUACAUAGAGCUAGAGAGAAAAAUAAAAAGUGCAAUAAAUUA